AUGGCGCUUAGCAUUGCAUUUUCCCCGGCCUUAAUACCCCUCGGUCUAUUCUCUUAUUUUUGGACAUCCACGGACCUAUUUCUCUUUUUUCUAUUCAGCUUCAUUAGAAAACAACAUGCCAUUUUAGAUUUCCUCGCAUGUAUCAACCCCACCAGCGUCACCCAUAUCAUUGCAGCCAGCGCAACUUUAUGGAUAUCCGUUCAAGUUCUCAGGCUGUAUGCCGGACUCAACGCAUGCUCCUCUCCAGCAGAUGACUUCCCAGCGAAGCCAAUGUUCUUUCCUUGCAGGACAGCUCACACGAGGAUGUUUCCCACGAAACACUCAUUUUCAUAUUCUUACCUACUGGCUGGAGUUCCUGUAGGAUGGGGAGGGUCAACAGGAGGCAUGUUAUCCUCUGAUAUAGAGAAUCAACCAACCUCGUGGUAUCGCAGAGUAUUCUCUUUGAAGCCGUACAGUCCCUGGUUCACGGUUGAUGGGGAUGACUAUCUCGAGAGGGGUCAUGUAAACGGAGGACUUAAAGAGAAACUGCAAAACUAUCUCCACAGCCAGGGUAUCGAUCCAUCAGAGUUUGCCCACGCCUACCUCUUUACGGCUGCCCGCUUCCUAAAUUACGCUUCCAACCCGGUCUCAUUUUGGAAUCUCUACAGCUCCACCAAGGAACUUAAAGCUACCAUUCUAGAAGUAGGCAAUACCUUUGACGAGAAACAUAGAUACUUCUUGCGUCCCAAAACGAAUCAAACGCCAUCAAUCGAAAUCACUGAUAGUCCAAAAUUCUCCCAAUCCUGGCCGAAAGACUUUUACGUUUCCGUCUUUAAUUCUCGCGCUGGAUCUUACUUCUUGAAUACAACUGAUUCCUUAUUCCCCAACAUGAGCGGUAUGGAUCCCAUCAUUAACACCACAAUCACUCUCUCCUCAUCCUCUGGGAAACCAAAGCUCAUCGCUCGAGUGUUCUCCACUGAGCCAGCCUUCGACCCGUCUUCGAUGUCCGUACUGCAAAAGUUGAAAUUCCUAGCCAGCUGGUGUUGGGUGGGUUUUUCUACCUUCCCACGUACCAUCGUCCAAGCAUUGAUUAUCUUGUUCAAAAAAAAACUGCCUUGGGCCUUUAGACCAGAGCCAAGAAAAGAUACGCUGCCUCGGCAGGCGAUUGAGAUCGAAGUUUUCAUUGAGGGGAUAUUUCGUCGAUAUCUGCAAUAUUUUAUCCACCAUAGCCCAGUGCCUAUGAAAUUGUCGUAUAUACCUGCUGGGUCGGUUGACACAUCCAGAGAAGUGAUGACUUCUCCUUCCGUACAGCUUGUAUCAGAAAACGAAGUGAAGGAAUUAGAACUAAGAGUUUUGACUCCACUGUUCUACUCACGAUAUGUCAAGUAUCCGUCUUGCCUACACGCUCUUAUUUUAGAAUCUCAUCUUCUAAACUCUACGAUUUCACUCUCGAAUCCUGAGCUGGUCUUAAAACUUGCAGCUGCUCAGCUGAAAAGCUCGACUCCUCCAACCUUUUCUUCUUUCUGGGAAAGAUUGUCGUUUUAUUUUCUUCGCAAUCUUCGUACAGAUGCGGGCGUAAUUCAGAACUGCGAAACAAAGUCUGAAACUGCGAAUAACAUGGUCGGAGCUCUGCCUGAGAUAAAGGACAACAACAGGACCUCGGAACUCGAACGAUUCAUCCUGAAAGUCGGCACAUCAGCCCAGCGCUUGGACUAUAUACGGGGAGUAGGCAAGGUGUACCUCGCGGACAGGAUCGCGUUAGGGUGGGUUGAGAUAUUGGAUUUAGAAGUCUUCGUGGUGAAGGUUGGAUUUUUGUGGUGGACUGUGAAGACGCUUGUCUGA